CUACAGAAGGAAAUAUGAGAUCAAGACAGAAGUUGAUGAGUCCCAAAGCUGAUGUUAAAGUUAAGGCUUCCAGGGUAACUGAUGCUUCAAUUUCCAUGGAGUCAUUAAAAGGUGCAGGAGACUCAGUAGAUAGACAGAAUUUCUGCAAGGAGGGAAUAAAGAGUGCAUCAUUGAAGGAUUUAUGUCUUGCAGACAAAAGACGCAUUGCAAACUUAAUUAAAGAACUGGCCAGAGUAAGUGAGGAAAAGGAAGUAACAGAAGAACGACUGAAAGCUGAGCAGGAAUCAUUUGAGAAGAAGAUCAGGCAGUUGGAAGAACAGAAUGAAUUGAUCAUCAAAGAAAGGGAAGCUCUUCAGCUCCAAUAUAGAGAAUGCCAAGAACUUCUAAGCCUCUAUCAGAAAUAUCUAUCAGAACAGCAGGAGAAGCUCACCAUGUCUCUCUCAGAACUUGGUGCUGCUAGAAUUCAGGAACAACAGGUAUCCAGUAGGAAAAGCACUAUCCAGUCUUCAUUUAUGGAACUAGAUGGUUCCUACUUGAGUGUAGCCAAACCACAAAUCAGUCAAACCAAGCAAAGACCUAAGUCUGCAAAGCAGGACUCAGCUUCAGAAUCCCUUAUGGAGUUUAGGAAUAAUUCUUCGAAACCAAUAACAUUUCAUCAUCCUAAAGAAGGUCUAGACAGGGUGCCCUCAGAGACCAGAACAUGUAAUUAUGAAUCUCCAGGGAGAAGACCAGUGCAUGCAGUCCCAACAGAGAAAGUUCCACCAGAAGAAUUGAAGAUGAAGGAAUGUCCACACCUCAAGCCUACUCUGUCUAUUCACUGUUGUGGUCAUAGUCUUUCUGAAAAUGCAGAUCAUGUUCUUAUGAGCCAUCCUACAGACAUAGCCCCUCAAUAUUCCAAGACGGAUCCAGGGUCAUGCAGUUAUUGUGGGCUCUCUUGGGCAUCUCUGUUGCAUGGCGGAAGGGCACUUCAGCCCAGUGUAACUAAUUUCAAAAAGCAACUCUCAGAAGAUAGAAGGCAACAACUGAUGCUUCAGAAAAUGGAGCUGGAAAUUGAAAAGGAGCGCCUUCAGCAUCUGCUGGCUCAGCAGGAGACAAAGCUUCUUCUAAAACAGGAGCAGCUUCACCAGUCUCGACUGGAUUACAGUUGGUUAAGAACUCAAGCUGUAUUUAAGUCAAGAGAACGGGUUGCUGACAAAGAAUUUACUAAACCCCAAGAGCUCGAUCUGGAUAUGAAUGGAAGUGACUCUGGACCAAGGUAAACCUAAAGGCAAGAAUAUUAAGGAUAUCAAGAUUUAGAAUAUGUUUGGUUUAUGGCUGUAUAUCAGUUAAUACAGUUUUCUGACCAUACAAAUACAUUCUCAUUAAUAAAUUUUGAGAGGUAUGGAACAGUAUGAAGAAGAAAAUAAAAAUU